AUGGUGCCGCCAAGUUCACCCAAAGACAAGUUCUUCGAGAAGGUCAUCAACCCCUACCUUUCGGAGGUGAUGAAACAAUGUCAAGACAUUGAGAUGCAUGAGGGGGUGCUUCACACCCAGGACGUUCAAGGGCCCAAGAAGGAUGGAAGCAAGAAGGCCAGGCUUGAAGCAGUGGAGCAGGAGAUCUUCAAGUGCCAAGGGAUGGUGGAGCACGGACUCAGCGCCAACCACUCCAUGAUCACAGAAUUCAUCUGUGAGCACAAGGUGGACAACAAGGAUAUUGGGGACAUCACCUUCAAGAUCAAUGACCAGAUCAAUCAUCUGCCGACCCAAAUUUAUGACUUGCAAAACCAAAAAAUAGUAUGA